UAUGGAUCGAUUUAUACCAAAAAGUAAAUCGAAAUUACUAUAUCAAUCACAUACAUAAUCAAAUUAUAACGACGUACAAUAUAUUUAGAAUUUAGUUAAUGUAUCAUAUAAAUGAAGAAAAAGUGUUAAAUUUUGGAAACGGAAAAUAAUAACAGAAUUUUCCAAUAUCCUUUUUAGAUUAGUUACAUAAUUAAUACAGAUUGCCAUAAUAACAAAUAGUUAGAUAGAUAAGUUCAAUUCCAGAAAAGAUUCUAGAUGCUCCAGACAUUGCAGAUGAUUUUUAUCUUAAUAUAUUAGAAUGGGGAAAUAACAAUGUAUUAUCAGUUGGAUUGUAAAAUAAAGUAUAUUUAUGGAAUGCCUCAAAUUGUAAUGCAAAUUUAUUAAUAUUUUAGAACAUAUUGAAUAACUUUUAUAAGCAACUUCUAAUGUGACAUCAGUACAUUGGAUUAAUGAUCAUAUUCUGGGUAUAGGAUUUGAUGAUGCAUCUAUUAAAAUUGUGGAUGUUUGUUCUUCAUAAACAAUUACAUAGUUAUAUUAUCAUAAUGAAAGAGUAUCAACAAUGAGUAGUAGUUUUGAUUUGUUGUCAAGUUCAGGUAGAGAUAAUGUUAUUUUUAAUCAUGAUCUUAGAGAAAAAAAUAAUAAUGUAGUUGGAGUAUUUUAGAAACAUACUUAAGAAGUUUGUGGAUUAAAAUGGAAUUCAUCUGGUACUACUUUAAGUAGUGGAGCUAAUGAUAAUUAAUUAUUAUUAUGGGAUAGAAGAUAAAUGUCAUUACGUUAAUCUUGUCAAGGUCAUUGUGCUGCUGUAAAAGCUAUGGCAUGGUGUCCUUGGUUACAAAAUACACUUGUAAGUGGAGGUGGUUCUAAUGAUAAAACUAUCAAAUUUUGGAAUGCUGAUACAGGAAUUUGUUUUAAAAGUAUAGACUCAGGAUCAUAAGUUUGUGCUCUAUAAUUUUUGCCAAGAUAUAGAGAAUUAAUAUCAUCUCAUGGAUUUUCUAAAUUUUAAAUUAGUAUAUGGAAUGCUGAUUAAAUUUAAUAAGCUAAAUUAGUAUAAGAAUUAUAAGCACAUAAAUCAAGAGUAUUACAUUUAGGAAUAUCUCCAGAUCAAUCUAUGCUAUGUUCAGCUGCAGGUGAUGAAACAUUAAUAUUUUGGAGACUUGGUACAGAACAAAAUAAUUAAAAUAAAUAGGAGAUUUGUUCCAGUAAAAAUUUAUUUCUCAGAUGA